AUGAUGGCAUCCCUUGGCAAUGACACAAAGACUGUCAGCUACUUUUAUCCGUUUCCGGAUAAGGCGGACGAACGGACGCGGGAUUGGCCUCUGGUGGAGUCGCCUUGGAAUGUUCCCGUCCUGCUGGCCGCCUAUUUUCUAAUGGUUUACUAUGGUCCCAAGUGGACAUCGAGGCACAAGCCGCUGCAGCUGAGAGUGCCACUGUUCUUCCACAGCGUUUCCAUGAUCCUCCUGAAUGGCUAUAUCUGCCUGGAACUCGUCAGCCAAACAAGAGCCCUCGGCUAUAGCCUUGGAUGUCAGCCCUGUCGGGUGAACUAUAGCCCUCAAGAAAUGCGGAUUGCCACGGCCCUUUGGUGGUUCUACAUCUCAAAAGUACUGGAAUUCGCGGACACGGCUUUCUUUAUCCUGCGCCAGAAGUGGACGCAACUGAGCUUCCUGCAUGUGUACCACCACAGCACCAUGUUUGUCUUCUGUUGGGUCGUGGUCAAGUGGGUGCCCACGGGUUCGACUUAUGUGCCUGCCAUGAUCAACUCCUUUAUACACAUCAUUAUGUACAGCUAUUAUGCGCUGAGUGUCCUAGGUCCUCGCGUCCAGAAGUUCCUGCGGUGGAAGCGCUAUUUAACGCGUCUUCAGCUUGUGCAGUUCAUCUUCAUUUUCCUCUGGGCAUCCCAGAUGCUUCUCCGGGGCUGUGAGUACGGAACCUGGAUAACCUUAUCGAUGGCCAUCUACUCGCUGCCUUUCCUCUUUAUGUUCGGAAAAUUCUAUGUCCAAAAUUACAGAGUAGCAACAGUCGAGAAGAAAGCUAAGUAACACGAGAUAGUAAUUUGAUUUUGCAAAAUUAUGCUAAUACUAAACUUAUUAUCACAUGUUAUAUUAACUUCCAUUAAAACCUGACACAGAAAAUAAAGCUUGACUUUAGACACCAAUUAAGAUGCAGUCAUGAAAUGCCAAGUGAAAAUCGGAAAGGCAAAACCCAGACCUUACCCAACGUUUAUGCUCCAGCGACAUCUAAUUAAAUUUGGGGGAAAAAUAUCAACGCAUCAGCGGAGCGAUCAUGGUCAAAAUUCGUAUAUAAGAGGUGAAUGUGGGAAUGCGGCUUAGUCAGUC